AUGUCCUUUCUGAAAGUCCUGCUGUGUGUCCUGGUCCUGGCCAGCCCCUUGCUGAGUGAAGCUUCACAACCCAACUGCAAUGGAGUUGUGGACUUUGAGGCCUGUCUGGGUAAUACAGAUGAGUUCUGUCCUGAAAAUAUUCCUUGUCAGUGUAAAGAUGGAGAACCUUUUUGCAGAAAUGCCAGCUGGGACUUGGUUACUCAGAGCCUGGCAAAGUACCUUUGCAUCAAAUCUGGAAACAGAUGGGUAUGUGAUUACUACAGAACGGGCUGGAAGGAGUACUGGUACACGGGCCCCAAAUGUAACCACCUUUGGAACACUCUGGAUUUCAUUUUAGUGGCUACUCUUCCUGCAGUGGCACUGGUUAUCGCAGUGGUUGUAAUAUUUUCUGCUGUCUACUGCUUGAAAAUGAAAAAAGCUGCGAAGCAGCAAAGGCCUCCAGAAAUUCCCAUUGUGCCCCCCAGGAAGCAGCCAAAGCCUCCAUACAGUGGAGCACAGCAGAACCCUGCAUUCAGCACUGACACAGCUGCCAGCCCGGGGCACUGUCAGCCAGCCGGGGAUGCCUGGGUUGGACAAAUUCCAAAAGCUGUGCUGAAAAGGGAAGAUUUUAAUGAUGCCUCAAUCCCAAAUCAAAGGCAGAAUUACAGUCCCGUGUAUGCUCAGCCUCUAAGGGCAGCAGAUCCAGCAUCAGAUUAUUUCCCUCAGUCCCGAGCCCAGGGGGAUGAGUUUGACUAUCCCAGGAAGGGUUUGCCUUAUCCAGUUUAUCCAGAGGCAAGACAGUACCAGAGAUACUAAGAACAAGUGCUUCCUAUAUCAGAAAUAUCUUGGAAUGCUGCGUGAUCACUGAACAAUCCAGGUGCUGAGAGAGCAGUGAGACCCUGGUGGGACACAGAGGAAAUUGCCAUCCUUAUUAGAGAGCACUAAGUUAUUGCAAAGAGAAAGUAUAGAGGAUAAUUGUGAAAGAAAACCUGGUGAAUCCCUGAUACUGCAGCACACAAGGGUCUGGCCCUGGCAGUGUGGUACAAACACAGCCAAGGACUUGGCCUCUCUCUGUCCCAAGAUUUACCAAAUAUCUACAGACCCAUUCCCUUGUCCCUUGUCUUUUUUCCUUUAUCUUCCUUCUGUGUUGAUCCCAACAGCUGGAAUGGUUUGCCUUUAAAACUGCCCUGGCUUGCUUUGUAACUUUUUUGUAAAUGAGGAAAAUAAAUGAAGCUAUGGAAGAUUGAGUGCCUUGCCACUAAGUAACAAUUAAAAGAGACUGAAUACUGGGAUUUAUUUCCCAUUUUCCAAAAAGUCUGAAGCACAUUAUAUUGCGAUUUCUGUUAAAUCAUUUUCCUCAGUAUUAGGUAAUAUGUGAAACUAUAUGACAAAAC